UGGUUUUAGUAUAAAUAAUAAUAAACAGACAUGAGGAAGUUAAAGUUAAUAACAUGUUGGAUUCAAAUGUCCAAAUGUCCAAACAUGCAGCGAGGGCAGAAGCUCCACUUUCUGUUUGCCUCGAUAGGUUUCAUCCUUAAAAAUGUUACCAGACAGAAACAGGUUGUCAAUUUACUAACUAUUUUAACAAAAAUGUUUGUAUUGCAGCUGAAGUGCAUAACAUGACCAGAUGUUUACAUUUUCACAUAAACAACAUAUUCAUCUUCGAGUGAAGCUCGACUAUCCACUUUUCCACAAUUUUUCUCUGGCUUGAGACGGAUUCAAACUGCGUCUUAGACGACAUCUCUUCUCCUGCAGUAGUGCCUUGCUCUGAUCACUGAUGGUCUAGGGUCAGAUGUCAGUCAUUGCAGCAAUGCGUGCGAUACCGUGGAUGACAGACCUAAGAUCUCCCCUGCCUCCUGUCCUCUCGUCUCAAACUCACUCAGCUGAUUUGACUUGGAGGCCUUGCUGGUGACACUAUGGUGUGCAUGAUUGCCCUACGCACAGUGCGUGUUCCAUAUCUGCAACUGUACAACGCAGCACUUUCACUUCCACAAGUUACCAAUUUUACCAACAUUACUAUGGAAAAAGACAUAGCUGGAAUAGGAUUAAUGAAGUGAAAACAGGCUGCGCUACCAACUUUGUUCUGCUGCAGUAAAAAAUAAAAGGGAGUGAACUUUCACAACGCAUUCACUCUCUGGCUACCUUUGAUUUUGAAUGUCUGAUGGUUUUAUUUCUCGUUUUUCUAAAGAGAAUGUUUUUCAUCCUUCUGGUGAUCUCUUUGAUGAGUUUUCUGCGUGACUUCCAUGUCUCCAGUUGUGAUGAAAACUGUCCAGAUAAACCUGUGUUCAACCCAUCCAGACUGGUAGUGAAGUAUGGUGACCCAGUCUCUGUCACAUGCUUGAUACGCCAGUCUUACCAAGACUACUUUUUUGGUUUGGUAGACUUCAUGGGAAACCAUACAAAAAAUGGAACCACUAUUUUAUGGGAAGUUCAAAGAAUGACUGAAUGGAGGACACUAACCACAUGCUGUCAUAUUAAUGCUACUGAUUACUGUUGUUGCAGCAAGCUGCCUGUAACUGUGUACAAGCCUCCAGACAGUGUGUCCAUCAGCUUUAGGGAUCACUCUGGACCGUUGUUAGAGGGUCAUCAGUACACUCUGCAGUGUGAAGUACACAACGUUGCUCCUGUUGAAAACCUCACUGUGACCUUCUACAGAGGACAGACAGCACUGGGUCAACUACAGUCCAACAACACAGAGAAGAAACCAGUGACUGAGAUCCUCACUCUGAGCAUCAACACCAGAAAAGAAGAUGAUGGAGUCCAGUACUGGUGUGAAGCCAAACUGGAACUGGGAUCUGAAGGACCACAGCCCCCUCCAGUGGUGACGUCAGAAAAAUUCAGUGCCAUUGUGAACAGUACUCCUGCCCAUGGGACUACUCCCAUAAUUUCCAGUUUCAGUAUGUGCUUCAUGCUUUUAUUCUUUUCUCUGGUUUGAAUUCAUUCACACAGUUAUUAAGAGGCAGUUUGUUUCCAGAGCUGUAACAUGAUUAACAGUCACUCUCCUGUAUAGCUUAUAUCCUUCGAUGAGGCUUCCAUCUGUCCUUCACAUCUUCCUCAGUCUCCUGUUAACUUUGCUUCAGCUUUUAAGGUGGGAGAAAUGACACCUGUAUCAUAAAGUAUCAUAAAGUGUAAUGUAACCUGAACUGUUAAACUGAAGUAAUAGUUGUAGAAUCAGAUUUGUAUUUCAUGGAUUCUUUCUCUACUUUGAAUGAAGAUGUUUUCUCCUUUGACUUUUGACCUAUAUUUUUGUGGUUUCUGCCUCUUGAUUUCUUGAUCAUGGUUUUGUAUCAGGUCUUCCUUGAAUUGGCCUUAAGAUGAUUUGCAACUCCUGUCCUAGUAGAAAUGCUGUCAUGUCAUGGCUGAUGUGGGCAGCAAAAUCAUUCACUUUGUUGAAUCUUUUUUUUAAUACACAAAAAAACAAAGUCAUUUUAAAACUGCUAUUGAAAUGUAUUUAA